GGAUGAAUGGAUGAUCUGAUGAGAAGAUGGCGCAUCUAAACAGUGGUGGUGGGCGUGUAAAUCUCGCUCAAAAAUGGAAAGAAGUUGCCCAGAAAGAGUUAUUGGAAUGUCUUGACAAAUGUGCAGGGAGUAAAGCUAUUGUUUGGGAUGAUCCACUCAUCAGCCCAGUUGGCCUAAUAGCUGAGUACUCAUUACUAAAGGAAAAUGAAGUGGAGAAGAUGUUCCCUCUUCGUGCAGGUCGUCUGCCGCAAAACAAUGUUCAGAACGUGAUCUUCAUCACCCGACCAAUUCUGAAGCUGAUGAGGCUGGUUGCAGAGAACAUUCGAGAGGAAGAAAAAGUUGGAGGUUUUAGAAAGGAGUAUCACAUAUUUUUUGUCCCUGGCAAGAGUCUCUUGUGUGAGAAUAAAUUAAAGGAGCUUGGUGUCUAUGGAAAUCUUAACAACAUCGGUGAAUUUGGUCUGGAGUUGCUCCCUCUUGACAGUGAUCUACUCUCGAUGGACAUGACCUCCAUUUUUAAGGAGUGCUAUCUUCAUCGUGACCCAACAGGUAUGUUUUAUAUGGCAAAGGCUCUGAUGAAAAUUCAAGCAUUGUAUGGUGUUAUCCCAAAUAUAUAUGGUAAAGGAGAAUAUGCAAAACAAGUAUCAGAUAUGAUAUUAAGAAUGAGAAGAGAGCUUGCAGUGAGUGAACGCCAAAUCACGCCUCAGAUAGACACCGUGCUGUUAUUGGAUCGAACGGUGGAUCUCCUAACACCAUUAGCAACUCAGCUGACGUAUGAAGGCCUUAUUGAUGAAAUUUUUGGCAUAUCUAAUACCACGGUGAAACUUCCUGCAGCCAAGUUUGCUAAGAAGAAUGAAGGUGACCAAGCAGACGUCGCGACGGAACCAAAGAAAUUUCACCUAAAUUCUGGUGAUGAACUCUUCGCUGUUGUUAGAGAUCGAAACUUCCAUGCAGUUGGCACAGAGCUUAGCAGGAAAGCCAAGAUAUUGUCUGCUCAAGUUGAGGAAAGGAAAGGUGCUCGGACAGUGGGCGAGAUCAAGGAGUUUGUCUCAAAAUUACCGCAUAUUCAGGCAGCAAAGCAGUCACUUGCUACACACACUUCUAUAGCUGAACUUGUCAAAGAAGUUACAGAUAAGAGUGCAUUUCUUGAAUCAUUACACAUGCAGCAAGAGUUUUUGAGUGGAUCAGAGACAGAUAAAGUUAACAAUUUUAUUGAGGAUUGUAUCGGCAAGAAGGAACCUAUAGUGAAGGUUCUUCGAUUGGUGUGUAUGCAAUCAUUGACCAACAGUGGGCUUAAACCAAAAAUUCUAGAUUUUUACAAAAGGGAAAUUUUACAGACUUAUGGCUUUGAACAUAUUGUCACACUCCACAAUUUGGAAAAAAUUGGUUUGUUAAAACAGCAAAGUCAGAAGUCGUACUCAACGAUUCGUAAAACACUCAAACUAGUGAUGGAGGAAGUCAAUGAACAGAAUCCAAAUGAUAUAUCAUAUGUCUUCAGUGGUUAUGCACCAUUGUCGGUUAGGCUAGCUCAAUAUUUGGCCAAGCCUGGAUGGCGGAGUAUUGAGGAGGCAUUAAGAUUGCUUCCAGGCCCAUUAGUGGAGGAGAAACAGCAAAUACCAGUAGGCCUAAGAAAAAAACGUUCACCAGGAAGUGAUGGAGACAACCAGAAAAUGACGUUAGUAAUUUUCCUCGGCGGUGUAACCUUUGCUGAGAUUGCUGCCCUGCGGUUCCUGUCUCAACAGGAAGAUGCUCCAACUGAUUAUACAAUAAUUACUACUCAAGUAAUCAAUGGUACAACUUGGCUUGAGUCUCUAAUGGAGGAUAUUGGAGUAACCAAUCAAGAAGAGGGCGGGGCUUCACCAUUUCGAUGAUGUGACUAAUCAGGAGGUCAGAGCUUUGCCAAUAAGACACUUAUCCACCGAAUACAAAAAAAAGAGACGGGGCUUCCAUCAUGGGAAGGCACAGGACUGUUUAUAGGCAGGGCCUCAAAACCUCUGCUACCAUAGAAACAUCUGCAAGCACCGUUGGAGCUUAAAUACGUUGUUGAUCACCAUGCAAUCACAAUAAAUUUAUUUACAUGUGCAAGGAAAUUUCCUCUGUGCACCCUGCUGGUACCACUGCCUGUGAUGGCAUCUGUUAGGCGGGGGACUCUCUGCGUUAUACAACGAAUCCAACUUCGCUCCCUGUGCUAGGCAUCUCUACGCCAUCUGCUGAUUGUCGGUUGCAGUUCGAACAGAUCGUCAUUGAAAGUGAUCCGUUGCGGAUGGAGAUAAUAGACCAGAUAGAUGGCUCGGGUCAUGUGACUUAUAGUGGGUAUUAGGGUUUUUUUACAUUUAUCGAGAUCGCGAGGCGAAAGUGCAUUGAAUAUGGCUUCGCCUUGUUGUUGAUGUAAGUCACAUCAUAUAUGUUGCAAAUGUUGGUUGGUAUGCGAGUUAUAAUUUGGUAAAUCAUUGAGAAGUGUUCCAAAAUUAAAUUUUCAAAGACUUUUCAGUUUGGUGUGGGAAUAAAUCCUGGAAGCCCUGGUCAAGGUACGGUACCUAUUCGACUACAGAGAUAUAUAGAGUCGAGGCAUAACAACUCCUUCCCUGCUCCAGGCCCUGGUCAAUGUAUGGUACCUUCAAGACGUGCGUAUUGCUCCAGUGGAGUCGUGCCGGCUGAGGUACUUUUUAGGCCUGGCCUAAGUCAAGAAUAUUAUUCAUGGCAAAUGAAUCUCACCAUUCGUUGCAAGAGUUAUUUUACAGUUAUUUUAAAUCCAAAAUUAAAUCAUAGGAUGUUUGUAGUUGCUGCCAAGGAUAAUGAUCAUCGUAUGACAGAUUAUUAUUACGUACUGGCAUUAGGAUGUACCAUCCCAACCAGGCCUAUUAUCACCAGUCUGGUUGAGCAAUCAGUACCGUUAAGGGUUAUUUUCUAUUUUAUUACCUACAGUACACGACUACAGAGAUAUAUAGUCGAGGCAUAACAACUCCCUCCCUGCUCCGGGCCCUGGUCGAGGCUUAACACUCACAGUGCAGUCUAGUAGUAGGCCUAUACAUAUGUAGCCUACCGUACACUAGCAGCAUUUCAGAGCCUAAAUAAAAUGCAGAUUGCCAAAGUAAUUAUAAAUCACUAUUUAAAAAUUAAUAUAGGCCUGCCUUACUUUGGGUCACUGUCUAAAAAACAUAACUCUCUCAAUAUACUGUGUUCAAUGAGCACACUGUGGUUUACGAUGUUGAUGUUUACAUUUAGUACCCACUAUAUGUCCCGUGACCAGUAAUAGCUGGAGUUGCCAAUUCAGUCUAUUUGGAGUAUAGCUUAUUAUAAUCCUCCUUGCAACUCUUGAGUUAUAGCUUGGUGGUUAAGAAGCUUGUUGUCAAAUCCUGUAUUUGCCUGUCUACUAUUGCUCAAAAUAAGAUUGGUAGAUAAUUUGUUGCAUACUCCUUCACACAUCUAAAUUGUUGCCAUUUCUCCUGUUUUCAGCAUAAGUAAUAAAACGCUUUAGUGGCAUCGGACAACAGUGGCAUUUUAAUCAGAUGAACCAGCCAUGCCUUAAAAGAGGAAUUGCUGUUAAAUUACAAAACCAUCUGCCAAUGUAUUAGGUGAUUAUAUUAGUGUGGCGAUAUAAACAUGUACUGUAUUGUACUCGGACAUUCCUUAAUUAUUUCAGGAAUAUACUGAAAAAUAUGUGAAAUAUAUAAGUAUUAUCUGCUUAUUUUAUUGUAAAAAGAAAAACUACAGAAUAAAUUUAGAAACCAA